AAAAUCUUCUGCCCCGGGCGCUUUUUUUAUUUUUUUGUUUUUACCUCUUACAGAAGCUUGGUGCCCUGAGCGCUGUGCUCCUCAGGCGGGGCAGAGGCUCCAUCGUUCUUCUUGCCAAUUGCCAUGGCCCAGAUCAGCGAAGCCUCCUCCCCCCGGACCUCCUCCUCCUCCGUCCCCUCUCCCGCCCACCGCGGCAGGGCCACGGCGGAAGAGGUGUGGGAGGAGAUCAGUCUCGGCAGCCUCAGCCGAGACCCGCCUGACCCACUGAUCUCCCUCGCCCCCAACUCCCUCUCCCUCCACAACAUCCUCAUCUCCCGCGCCGCCGUCGCCGCAGCAGCCGCUUCGACCGCCGCCGCCGUUUCUGCCGCCGCCGCCGCCGCUAACACCGAUGGCGGCGCCGGGAACGCUGUCGCCGUCGACCCCCGCAAGAAACGAAUGAUGAAGAAUCGCGAGUCGGCGGCCCGAUCCAGGGCUCGGAAACAGGCUUACGCAAACGAGCUGGAGAAGGAAGUGGAUCAUCUCGCGAAGGAGAACAGGAGGCUCAAGUUCAAGUAUGAAAUGCUGCUUAAGCAAACCCUGGCUGCUGGACUUCCUGAGGUCAAGAAGAGGAAGAUCCAAAGAACUGUAUCUGCUUCGUUCUAAAACAGAGACCUCUGAGCACCAACGCAUGUACCCGAACUAAAUCCUCUCUUUCUUUCUUUCUUUCUUUAUAUAUAUAUAUAUAUAUAAAUAUAUAUAUAUAUAUAUACCCGAACUGUGAGAGGACAAGAAGCAGAGAGAGGUUGCAUAGGUUUUGCUUGUGUAAAUAUGGCAAACUGCAGAGGAACGAGACUGCAUAUAUUUGGUAUAUAAGUAGAACAAAAACCUCUGUUUUUUAAGCAA